AGAAACUUAAACAAAUAUGUGUAAAAACAGAAAAUAUAAUGAAUUAAGGUAUGGCACACAUUCUUUUUUUAUUAUUUUUAUCGCAUUUUGAACCUAAUCGAGCUGUAGCAUACACCUCGCGGUGCAUUGUGGGAGUUACAGUUUGUGCCACAUAUCCAGUAACUUCUCGUACAAAUUACACUGCACAAACCUAGUCAAGCGACGAGAAGUGCAGUGUCAUUCUCUUCAUCCUUUUCAACAUUUUUUCCUGGGAAACUUCUGUUUUUUUAACAUUGGUCACCGUUUUCCGGUGCCCCACCGAAGACUUUGGAUAUAAUUCCAUUUAGAGGAAAGUUUGUCAGAUCUCGCUGCUAAUGAGCUGGUUACGCGAGCCGUAGCCGGGAUUAGCCAGAUGAGCUAACAAACGAAUUGAAUGAAGGUGUACUAUUUUACAGACUCCUUUAACAUUAUUAACUACCUUUAAAAGACAAGAGCAAUCGUCGUUUGCAUGAAAGACUUAUAUGGCUUGACAUAUCCUCAAGGAAAAAACAUGGACAAGAAGCAUCAUUUCUUCCGGAGAUCGUGGGAAAACCGUUUAUUUGUAAAUAAUCAUAAUUUAUGAUCAAGUAGAUCAUCUAGUGAUGCUCGAGAGGUUUUCAAUGGAGGUGUGUUAAACUAGGUUUUCAUGAACAAAGAAUGUCCGACCCGGAAAGUUCCAGUUCAUAUUUUGGUCUGGAUGAUCCGCAGUGGCUAUGUAUGGUCACACUUUUUAUCGCAUCCCUGGUUACCCUGGUACUGUAUUUUGUACAGUAUUUCCACCUAAGGGCAACAGGGUUGGAGAAGACUGGGGCAGAGGACAAUGCGGCGGAGGAGGAAGCCGCCUCUCUACUGGGUUGGGCGCUGUCACUGAAUAGCUGGAAAAGUCAGUGGAGGGGAGCAUGGUGCAAGGCUUUGAAUGCCAAAUCAAGAGAGAGUAGUGGGAGUCCAAUUAUUUUAACCUUCUAUGAAGAUGACGUCGAAGCAUCUGAGCUCAUGGUCAGCAAAGUGUCUCGCUUUAAGAGAUCUGCCCCUAAUAAGGCUUCUUGCUGCCUUGUGGUCGGCGAGAAAUUUCAGUUUUCCCUUGGAGUGUCCGCAACCACAUCAUGCCCUGUAGAUCCUUGUAAAUACACAGUGUGUAUAUCUCCAUUGGAAAUGCAGCUUGAGCUACAGUUGCAAGAAGCUGAAGAUCAAGUCAAAGUGAGUUGGGGUAUUUGUCAUCUGGAGACAGAAAUGGUGCAGGUGACACCGAAUUUGAUCCAGGACAAUGUCAGCACUUCCUGUGUGGCAACAAUAAAAGAGCAGUUGAAGCAAGCUUUGUGUGUGACCCGACCAUCUGUAAUAUUGAGAUGCAAGCCUUCUCAGGCCUCUGAUGUCAAGCAGGAAACUUGCAACAAAGUGUUUUCACCCCCCAAACCACCUCGCGCACACGACUGGAAGCUGCUGGUGAAAAACAUUCGCGUGAUACUCAGUCAGCAGGAUGAUGCUGCAGGCAGCAUAAAUCCUAUAUGUGUACUGCAGUUAAAUGACCCUCCUCAGAAGUUUAAUACAUCUGUUUUGAAGAACACCGCCAAUCCUGCCUGGGAUCAGCCAUUUGUCUUCGAGCUGAAUGGGCGAUCAAAAGAGCUUAUUAUUUUGCUGGUAAAUGAUGGCCAACCUCAAGAAGAAAAGCUUCUUGGCCAGGUGUCAGUGCCUUUUGACCUUGUUAGGAAGCAGCCUAAAGGGCAACAAACAUUUUCACUCAUAACCAAAGAUGUAGUGACUGGAUCACUUACUACUGAUUUUACCUACCUGGAUCCAAGUGAAGUUAGGUCCUGGCAGCCUCCAACCCCAGCCUCCACCAAGAAAGUUGAGAUGGACCGUACUGUCAUGCCAUGUGGAACAGUGGUUACCACUGUCACUGCAGUCAAGAGCAAACCGGGUCGGAUGCUUCACCCAGGACUCAGCAUUGAUUCUUCGCAAAAAGCAAUGGCCCACAAGCCCAAGCUUUCAGAACGGCGAGUUUCAGAGCAGACGUCAAUGCUGGGAGGAACGGUCAGCAAGGCUUUGUCUUCUUCAGACACUGAGUUACUGAUGCUGAAUGGCACUGAUCCUGUGGCUGAGGCUGCCAUCAAACAACUCCAUCAGUCUGCUAAGCAAAAGCUCAGGUCCCCGGUGAAGAAGAGUACUAUCAUCAUCUCUGGGAUUACGAAAACACCAUUGUCCCAGGACGAUGAGCUGGCUCUGAUGGCAGGCUAUGCUGCAGCGAUGGAUGCGUCCCUGUCAGAUGAAAGCUCCUCUCAGGAUAUGACCACAGCAAUUGUGUCGGGGACAAGUACCCCCCUGGAGGGUUCAGAACACCAGCAAGGUCCCAGUGGAUUGGGCUGCCCCCCUGAUACCUGGGAGUCCCACACAGGAGAGGACUUGAAUCAUACUUCACUUUCCAUGUGUGUGUCAGAGGUCAGCUGCAAAAAGAGAAGAGGCAGCUUCCUUCAGAAGAGCGCCAAGCUCUUCUUCCGGCGGCGUCACCAGCGCAAGGAUCCCAGUAUGAGCCAGUCACACAACGACCUGGUCUACCUGGAUUCCCCUACCACCGUGGAGAGGGCCAGCAAAACAGCCACGCUCAGCCGCAUGCUCAGUCGCAAGAGCAAAAGUAAAGCUAAUGGCUCUGCUUCCACCGGUCACCCACCUGCCUGACACUUCCCCCUAAAGACAACAACCACCUCAAACUUGCACUGUGUCCAAUGUACUUGGGAUUUUCGUCUUGCAGUGGGCUGGCCAGAGUACCUAUGUGACAAUACUGCAGAGUAUGGUCUCUGACUGCUGCAUCCUGUUUUAACACAAGUGUACACAGCACAAGAUGACAUAUUUUCAUCCUACUUGGGAGAAUAUUAUUUUGCAUGUUUCCUAAAUUUGGUUUUAAGCAGCAUUCUUAAGCGCUUGUGUGGCCUUGUUACCAGCCGAAGGGACUGAACUUGACCUUCGUCGCUACCUCCGUGAUGUUGAGUGGAAAACGUAACCCAUCACUGCUGUGAAACCAUGACUUUCGUACGAUGGAUCAACAGGACCAAAGACGAAGAGGAGAAUGGUAUUUGCACUGUUUUCAGCAUCUUUUGUAUUUUCAGUGCAAUGACUGUUGUUCCAAAUAUUCACAAAGGGAGAUGACUCAUUGCAUCAAAUCUUGUCAGUCGGAGUUAGUAAUAUGACCAAUUUUGCGCAGGAAUACUCUAAAUAUAGUAUUUAGCCACAGCAUUGGAAUGCAUAGCUUUUUCUUUGAAGUUUAAUUCCGGAAUCAGUACUACAUCAGACAUGAGUGAUUUGCAAAUACAGUGAUGUAUCAAAAAUCACUAUUAGCCAUGCAAUGUGAAAUACAGAUGAGUGGGGUUAUAAAUCAUUACAAUGACUGUGAAGUCUGAGCUCUCAGAGAUUAAAAACUGUCUUGAUAUGAUAUGCGCGUGUUUUGAAAAAUUCUAAUGUAUUUAGUCUUCCCAAAAUAGGUUUCAAUUUUCAUGUACUGUAUUUUUUGGCCUCCAAGUCGCACUAAACAAAAAAUGGGGGGGCAUAAAUCACACUGGACUAUAAAAUCUCAUUAUAGUAAUAACAUAGUGGAGAUCUUCAGGCUAUAUAGGCAUCUGCCAAUAUAAUAUGUUAACUUAUGUUUGAUUAUAAAAAUGAUUAUUGCCUAAACAACGCGAUUACCAAACUCUCGAUCUCACUACAAAUCGCUACCAAAUCCAUUAGUUUUCUCAUCUUCAGUAUCAUUCUUCAACAACUCAGCCAAUUCUGGAAGUAGGGAGGCGGCUUAGUAGCUGUCAUUGUUAAAAUCAAAACAUGCAUAAGUCGCACCUGAGUACAGGUAGACCCUGGGUUACAAACGAGUUCCGUUCCUACGAUUGCGACAUAACCUGGAUUUCCGCGUAAAUCGGAAUAAACCCUUAAGUACUCCUGAAUACCCCCCAAAUCUCAAAAUAACUAUCCAAACACAUGUAUUAAACAUCAUUGUACUGUCCUCGCCACGACGUUGGAGUUAAGUCUUAGCUAGACUGCGAGCUAAGCUCCGAAAUGACGAUGUCAUAUCAUAGACUUCAUAAUGAUGUUGACGGGACACAUUCCCCAGACAUUGCGCCACACCAUCAAGUGGGGGCCAUCCCACACUCCGCUUCAGUCGGUCGCAGUUAUUCUUAAACACAUGCAGUGAUCCAACGCCGGAUUUAGGUUGAAAAAGUACGAAAGCUGUACCGGAUACAAACAGGAAGGAUUGUCUCAGGAGUGAUUUGUUCGAGGAUUCAACGUAAUUAUUAUACUCUUUGUACCUUGCCUGGCUCUGCCAGACUAUUCUCCACUGAGAGAAAUAGUCUGGGAACCAUCCCAUUUACGGCCUUUUCGAGCAGAUACAAAAUCAAUCGACAAAUCAGAUUCGUUUAUUUGCGUGACGUGUUCUUCACGAGCAACGUCACUCUUGCGCGUCGAAAGUCAUCUCUUCAACAACACAGAUGGUGAACGGCAGAGCCGAGAAUAUGUUCCAGUCCACGGUAAAAUCAGUUUUAAAUGACCAAAAACACAUCGACACGAGUCAUUGACAACAGUCUGUCUCGCGCUAGCCAUGUUGAAUAAACUCCGCUCUCUUCGUAUGUUUACUUCCGCGCGCAGGUCCCUCGUCCUGCCGUCGCCAUUUUACUAACGUCACGUCUGCCCGUCGCUGAUUGGUCCACUCCGCUGUCUGUUUGCUGUGGCUUGCUCCGCCCUGGAAAUUGUAUCCGAGUGAAUGGUGGCCAGACUCAAUAGCUGGAACAGCGGUGAGUCUGGUGUACCAGGCAACUUUGUACCAUGCAUGUGUUUGACACGUGGAAAAAAUCAAUGGGAGAAAUUAACCGCUACAGCAUUGGCAUCAUAUUUAGCAAUAUUUACGUAAAAUUAAUGCUAUCUGCCUGAUUUUUUUGCUUUUAACCAAGAAUCGAGACAAUUUUUACGUUCACAUUUAUAAAGAAUUCAAGGAAUUUUUUCACAAGAAUUUUCAAGGUAUAAAGCUCUUUGUGGUGAUAAGGCCGCGCCAGUGUGGCUUAAAAUUUAGCAGCACAUUUGACAUAUUUACGCAAAAUAAAAGCUAACUUCCUGGUUUUUUUUGCUUUCAACCAGGAAUCGAGACGUUUUUAUGCCCAUAUCUAUAAAGAAUUCAGGGAUUUGAGCAUUUAUUCACAAGAAUUUGUGGUGAUGAGGCGGCGCCACAGUGGCUUAAAGACUAGCAACAACGUGCAGCCGUCACGAAACAGAGCUUUUUAAGUUGAAAAUUAUUAUAAAUGCUUAAAUUUGAAGAAUUUCUAUAGAUAUGAACGUGAAACAGUCUAGAUUCUUGGUUAAAAGCAAAAAAACGGGCAGUUAUCAUUCAUUUUACGUAAAUAUUUUAAGCCAGUUACACUAAUUUUAACCAUUGAUUUUUUUCACGUUUCAAAGUGCAUGCAUGGUACUAUUUAAUAUAAUCAUUAGCUUGAGUCCUCGACCAAAUCACUUUUGAGACACUCCUGCCUGCUUGUAUGCAGUAAAACCUUCGUCCUAUUUCCACCUAAAUCCGGUGUGAGAACGCAGCCUGUGUUUAUCACAGUGAAAGUCAACUCAACAUUCUGCCUGGGUCGGCCCCCUAAGGGAAGGCAUGGCGCAAUGUCUGUGGAAGCUGUCUUGUCAACUGAUGGUGGAGAUUCCCUGCUUUAGUCUUCCUCCGCCAACGUUAUAAUUUUUUUUUUUUUUUUUUUUUUUUUUAACUCGACAAAGCAGGCCCCUUAGACUACGUCUACACUAGGACAAAUAAUUUUCUACAGGGUAUUUUCCCGACUAUUUUUAUACCUGUCUGCACUACGUUGAAGGUGCGUUUAAGGCCCCCCUUACUUCUGCAAACUACGCAUGCGUAAAAAGGAGCAGCCUUAUGUGUUACGUCAUCACCCACGCAGUUUACCUCUGAAACGGAAACUCAUCACUUGCCGGCAGGAAAUUUCGAUAUUACUAUAACUUCGAGACCAGGGGUCGGGAACUGCGUUUUGUGAUCACUGUUUUUUUUCGUGAACGCAUUUGAAAACAUCACGCGGGAGCUAGAGUGAAGGGACUGAGGCCACACUCGGCUUUUACGAGCUUUUAGUUCCCGAGUUGUGAUUAAAAUGAAUCUUUAGAAAACAACAAAAGCCUGACACCGUUACUUGGGAUGUUACAAUCGAUGCUAAGUUGCGCAAAUAAUAAAUAAGAAAAUAACAAAUAUAAACAUAUGAUGUGGCGCUGCGUGUAUUUCCUGGAAGCUGCAACCAGGAGUGCUUGUGCAUAACAGUGGCGACAGUUUUGACAAGCGGAAAUGUCAUGAAAAAAAAAUGGUCACGCACCUCUGUGAUUGGGAGUACCAUGCAGUUCACUUUUCGUAGUUUAAUUUUCCCCUACGCAUUUUUAUUUACUCCAGUUCGGUCGUCAUUGAAUUGGGAGAGGCCAGCCGCGCAGCUGGCUGAUCUGAGACUUAAGGCGGGAGACGAGCUCUGUAAUACAAUGCUCAUUUGCGUGUAAUCCGUGAUUGAAGGACCACCAGUGGGCACUGAAUUCAAGCAUAUUGCGACGCACGUUUGAAGGUUAAAAAAAAAAAAGUGUGAAUUGAUCAUCAGUUCUUCAUGUUAAGCGAGCCAACCGGUAGCGCAUUUAAAAUUACGGGUUAGCGGAGAGGCAGAUGCACUCAUUAAAAGAGCCAGAAAUGACCCGCAAAGACACCUGUUCUGCACUCUGUGAUAAACUGUAAACAAUGACUGUGGAGAAGAAAAGACGAGCAGGAAUGCCACGUCUUGAUUGUCCGCCUCCAUUGUUUACAUUGCCGGCGUGCCGCGCUAAAAGUGGCGAUGGCACGCUCCAUGACGUCACUUCCUUAGUAUCCGAUUGUGUCGCCUACAUUAUCCGUGUAACAACUAAUCCGGACAAGACGUAUAUUAGUGUAGCCGACAUGCUGUAUAGUCUAACUCAGGGGUUCCCAACCUAUUCCACUAAGGCACACUGUGGGUGCAGGAUUUCAUUCUUACCAAACAAGAUGACAACACUUUUUCCCCAAUCUGGUGUUUUACAAGUGCAAUCAGUUGAUUGCAGUCAGGUGUGGCUUGUUUUAGCAGAAGCCUCAUUGGUUCAACUGUCUCUGCUGGAUCGGCUGGAACAAAAACCAGGACCCACAGUGUGCCUUGAGGACUGGGUUGAAAACCCCUGGUCUAACUAAUUACAUGUUUAAGGCUAUUAUCCGUCCUAGUGUAAGCGUAUGCUUAGAGGCUCUGGUACAGUCGCACCCCCUUGAGUUCCGCCCCUGGGGCGUGCCAACCUAUGUCCCAAAAAAGUGCAAUUUAUAGUCCAGAAAAUAUGAUACACAAAAAUGACCCACACUCAGCUAUGCUUGUGUUAUAAAAGCAGCCAUUUUCUUUAGCCACAUUUCCAUCCAUAAUAUAACAAACAGUCACUAUAAGACGUUCAGCUAAAGAUUGUAUUGUUAUUUACAUCUUAAAUUAUGUCGGCACAUUGUGGUAACUACUGCUAACUUCAGUCUUUAUUAUUAAGCAAAACAAUGGGCGGACUUUGUUUAACAGAUGCUUUCAGAAAAUUUUGGCACAAAUCUGCUCAGACUACUACUUUGGCCCAAUCUUCAUACCAGAUAGUUCGAGGUUGCGUCUCAUCUUUGCAGAAACAGGAUAGCUCGUUAUGGUCUAUUCUUUAGCAGUUAUGAAUCCUGUUUCUUUGAAGAAGAAUUAAAAACAGAGGUUGAAUUUUUUUGCAGUCUCUAGUAUCCUGUUUGCACUAUGCUACUAUAAAACACAAGGGCUGUUCAUUUAUUUGGGGUUGUUGUUGUUGGUAUCUUUUGCAUGGGAAAAAAAACAGAUCAGGCUACAAAUUAACCUAAUCAAAUUGUUUCAUUUUCAGCAAUAAUUACUGAUUGAAUGACCGGGAUUGUGAUAUUAUUGUUCUCAUAACAUUUUCAUAUUCAGUAUGUAUUCAAAUGGUGUGUAAAAGUUGAAUAAAAACACAAUUAAUUGA